AUGGCCCAAGUAAAAGUAACAGGGGAUGCAACGAGGAGCCACCAGGACUGUUCUGAUGUGUACUCUAGCAUGGCCACUGUCAGCUCCACUGCAGCAGAGAUUGGAGAUUCGUUGAGCAAGGGGUCAUUGUGUGAGACCUCUGCGGCUGCGAGUCUUAGUCGACGGAGUCGAGCCUUUCAGUCUCCGGUGAGGAGGCGCCUCCGCACCACCUUCAGCCACAAGCAGCUGGAACAUCUGGAGAUGGCCUUUGGACAGAACCAGUAUCCUGACAUCUACUACAGAGAGGAGCUGGCCCGAAUCACCAAGCUCAACGAGGCUCGCAUUCAGGUGUGGUUUCAGAACAGGAGAGCCAAACAGCGCAAGCAUGAGCGGGUCUCCCAAAAAGUGCACCCACUGGGUAUGAUGUCGGGCCACAGGGCACUACUGGGCAGCAUGCAUGUGGCACCGUCCAUGGCCCGGCAGUAUUACGGCCAGCCACUGGGCCACAUUCCACACGUCACUGCGGUGCUGCCUGCCAGAGUGUACCCCCAUCACCCCCAAGGUCCCAUCAGCUCGUGUCCUUCCGUCGCACCGCAGGUGAGCUCUCAGCAGCAGCAUGAAGAAUGGUACAGUCAUGUGAGGAGCAACCUGACCUCAACAAUGUUCUCUUUGACAUCCAUGCAGCCCCUGGAGCCCUCCUCUCAUUGGAGCUAA